UAGUCUAUACAGGCUAAAUAAGUAAUUUAACGUUUUUUAGAAUCUGUGUAUUCAGUUUACUAAAGUGAUAAUGACCGUGACAGUUAGUAUACUUAUAAAUAUUUAGACUUAUUUUAUACUUGGCAGAGACAAACUAUUUUUUAAUGAAAAAAGGCUUGAAAAUUCUAAGCUUUAGUGAAAAUUGAAAAACUCUUUGGUAAGGUAACCAUGGUAACAGUUUUAAUACAACGCAUUGGUUAGUCAGAUAAAUUCUCUUUCAGAUAAUAAAUAACUUUAAUAUAAAAUUCGGUUUAUCGAUAAGUUUAAAAAUCUUCAGAGUGGUAUACCUCCAAUUUUUAAUGAAUGACCAUGUCCAAGGUAAUACGUGUCAGAAAUAAGAAACUACUUCCCGAUUUAAGUAAAGAGGGGGAACUUACCAAGGAUAUUGUGCUUUCCACUAAAGAGAAGCAUGGUUGCCCUACGGGAUCUAGAUUGUUCUCCCAUCAUACUUUAGCGAGUGUCAGGAAAAUAAGUUUUUUUCAUCCAUUUUUCUUACCCAAUGACAGCUUAGAUCUGACACUAACGACCACCUACAAUCAGUCUACGGAGCUGUUUGCCGAUAAGGAGGACUUACAUUUACAGCCCGAGACAAUAGGGUGUGAGACAUGGCGGCGAAUAAGGAAUACUGUAGAUAAACCUUCACCAGAUCAAAUAUUUACAGUGAGUAAUAUGUUACGUUAUUUAAAUAAAGUUCAGAUUGUAACGGAUACCUAUAUGCUUUAAUUUUUUUUACCUAAAAAUAUAUAUAAAAUUGGCCGACCUUUAUGUUGGUACCAUAUCAAAGCGAGCUGCAGGAGGCGAACAUAAGAAAUUUUAAUUAGUUUCUUUCGCUCCGUUCGAUGAGGAUUAAUAUACGCUUGGCUUGACUCGUGUAUACGGAAAACAGUGAGUAUAAGCGUAUUGUAAUAAAAAUACAAUUAAAAAAAAGGAAACCGACUUCAAAAUAAUCAUGUAGAUGGUAAGUAGAUAUAGGUAGGUCUGUAGGUCAACUCACGAGUGCAAGGUAGAUUUUUUAAGCAUUUUUCUUAUUAUUAUCAGGGUCAUCCACUGAGGCGCGGUGGUAUCAAGGAACAUCGUUCUCCAUUCAGUGUGAAACUCAUGAACUCCGGAGUCCACUCUUCGCAGACCAACCCUGGUUAUAGCAGGCAGCCUGCCGGUGGCGCCAUCUUCUUUUAUUAAUCUUGUCAUCAUCGUGUCGCUAAAACGGUCACAUUUUGUUGUUUUUGUCUUGUAUGUAUGAUUUUUUGUGUAAAGGCAUGUGCACUGAUGAUUUUUGUUCCACGUUCGCUGGAUGUUGCUUUAAUUAUCACGUUUGCUAUUAAUUGUUGGAUCAAACAAAAGUCACGGGCACACACGUCUAUCUUAUGAAUUCUUGAGUAGAUUUUCAAUUCGAACUUAGUAUCGUAAAUUGAAUGCUUAUCAAUUAUUUGAGUAGAAUUUCAUAAACCGUGUUGCUUUGAGUUCGUCCAAGGAUUAGUGUUUCUUUUGUGUGUUGUUCUUUCGCGUGUUCUGUCAGUAAGAAAUAUAUUUUUAAUAUAUUACCAAACGUUGUUUUAUUAAAUAUUUAUCCGGUCCGAAGUAUAAUGAAAGAUUUUUCUUGAUAGAGAGAAAGAGAAGUAUCUCAGU